AAAUUUUCAUCUAAAACUUCUUCCUCUCUCUUUCAUUGCUAAACAAUAUGCAGAGGUGCAUUCCGGUGCCAAGACUAACAGGUUCGAAAAAUAAAAAAAUCCAGGACAUUGGUAUGGUGGAAGCCCCUGAAUGUAAUCAGAUUGGUACCCCUGAUUUUCAUCCCACCCAUUCCAACCCAAGUCACCACUCCACAUGGAAAUCUCUAUCCAGUUCACCUCUUAUCCCAACUGACCAUCCAAACGAAAACUUAAGCAAUCGAAAUAAAAGAACUGAGCGGCGUGUCUUCAACCCACGAAGACCAAACAUCAAACGAUUGAACCAGUGCCUCGUGUUGUCACGUGUAAUCUCCCUGGCUAUUGAUCCUCUCUUCCUCAUCGCUCUCUCCAUCACUGGUGGUGCUAAGCCAUGUAUUUAUCUCGACGGGACCAUGUUAGUGUUUGCUACCGUGCUGCGCACAUGCUUAGAUUUAAUCCACCUACUGCAUAUCUGGUUGAAGUUUCGAACGGCUUAUUUGUCAAAGGAGUCUUUAGUUAUCGGAAGCGGCAUGCUUGUGUGGGAUACACGGUCCAUCAUUAGACACUAUGUCCGGUCGCUCAAAGGCUUCUGGUUCGACCUGUUUGUUGUAAUUCCGGCCCCGCAGAUCUUAUAUUGGUUAUUAUUACCAAAAUUACUGAGAGAAGAAAAGCCAGAAGAUGUAAUGAUAUUGGCUCAAUUCAUCUUCUUAUUUCAAUUCCUCCCAAAACUUUAUCACUGCUUCCACCUAAUGCAUGGAGUGAGUAAGGUGGCUGGCUAUCUUUUCGGCACCGCUUGGUGGGGUUUUAUCCUAAAUCUCAUCGUUUACUUCCUUGCUUCACAUGUGUCUGGGGGAUUUUGGUAUAUAUUAUCUAUACAACGUGUAGCAGAGUGCCUAAGACAACAGUGCUAUAAGAGCAACCAAUGCGAUGCACUUGCUUUAACAUGUCCAAGAAAGAUUUGUUAUAGCAGUUUUACUCAUUCUUGCAUGGACAACUCCAACAUGGAGGCAGAUUUCUCAACUUGCAUGGACCAAAAUGGAGAUUUUCCCUAUGGUCUUUAUGCCUUUGUUUUGCCUCUCAUUAUUAAGAACUCGAACAUUGUCAAAAUUCUGUAUGCUAGUCUAUGGGGUCUCGAGGCUUUCAGCACUAUGGGCAAUAAUUUGACCCCCUGGACCCAGCCGUAUGAAGUUAUUUUUACCAUAACCAUGGUGUUAGCAGGCUUAGCACUCUUCACUUUGCUAAUUGGUAAUAUCCAGGUAUUUCUUCAUUCCGUAACGUCUAGAAGGAGAAAAAUGCAGAUAAAAUAUAGAGACAUGGAAUGGUGGAUGAGACGGAGAAGAAUACCAUAUCACUUGAGGCGAAGAGUUUUGGAUUUUGAACACCAGAGAUGGGAAAUUAUGAGAGGCCAAAAUGAGAUGGAAUUUACCAAAGAUUUUCCUGAUGGACUAAGAAGAGAUAUUAAGCGUUUUCUCUGCUUGGACUUGGUGCGAAAGGUACCAUUAUUUGACCACUUGGAUGACCUUAUUCUCGAUCAUAUAUGUGAUCGGGUUAAACCUAUGAUUUAUUCAAAGGAUGAAAAGAUUUUUAAAGAAGGUGAACCAGUAGAACGUAUGAUGUUCAUUGUAAGUGGUUGCGUUCGGAGAAUCCAAAACAUCACACAAGACAUGGUAACAACUAGUUUGAUUGAACCUGGUGGCUUUUUUGGAGAUGAACUCAUAUCAUGGUGCCUUCGUCGUCCAUUUAUAGAGCGUUUUCCAGCUUCAUCAGCGACUUUUACUUGUGUGGAGGCAGUUGAGGCAUAUGGCCUAAAUGCUGAUCAUCUUAAAUAUAUAACAAAACAUUUCCGUUACACAUUUUUAAGGGACGAACUUAAGUACAAAACAAGGUAUUACUCUUCUAAUUGGAGGUCAUGGGCUGCUGUCAACAUACAAUUUGCAUGGAGGCGUCAUUUGAGGAGGGUUAGAGAUGAUCAUGAUAUUCGCGGGACAGGUAGUGGCAGUGGUAGUGAUGGUGCCACAAGUAGCAGUGACCAGAGACUUCGACACUAUGCAGCGAUGUUCAUGUCGCUGAGGCCUCAUGACUAUCUUGAGUAGUCAAUAUGCAGUAAUCAUAUUGUUUGUCAAUACUUAAAAUUUCAGUUUUCAUGUUUAUGGAUUUUUAACUUUAUAAUGAAUAAAAUAAUAUGACAUGUAUGA